AUGCGCAUCACCUGGACGUGGCCCCUGGCCCUGGCGCUCCUGGCAGCACGUGGGGAUGCCCGGAACUGCGUGUAUGCAUGGCAAAGUGGUAAGAGCUGCUAAGGGAGGGCUUACCUGUGGGUCAGACCCCAACCCAAGUGAUACUUCUCUCCACCACCACCAAAGCAUUCCUAUUCCUCCCCAAACUGGUGACAUCUCAUCCAGUGGGGAAAUCAAAUUUAUUCAUGGAAAAGUUAACCAAAGGCUUACAGCUACAGGUAGGUAGCCGUGUUGGUCUGCCGUAGUCGAAACAAAAUAAAAAAAUUCCUUCUAGUAGCAACUUUAAAAGGUAAAGGGACCCCUGACUAUUAGGUCCAGUCAUAGCCGACUCUGGGGUUGCGGCGCUCAUCUUGCUUUAUUGGCCAAGGGAGCCGGCGUACAGCUUCCGGGUCAUGUGGCCAGCAUGACUAAGCCGCUUCUGGCGAACCAGAGCAGCGCACGGAAACGCCGUUUACCUUCCCGCUGGAGUGGUACCUAUUUAUCUACUUGCACUGGCAUGCUUUAGACCAGCUAAGUUUGUUCGUGGUAGGAGCUUUCGUGUGCAUGCACACUUCUUCAGAUACACUGAAGCAGAAGUCACCAGACCCUUAUAUAUAGUGAGAGGGUGGGGAGGGGUAUCACUCAGAAGGGGGGUGGGAAUGGGUGAUUGCCUGAUAGGUGUGGUAAACCUGCUGACGACUUCUUUUUCAGUGUAUCUGAAGAAGUGGGCAUGCACACAAAAGCUCAUACCAAUAACAAACUUAGUUGGUCUCUAAGGUGCUGCUGGAAGGAAUUUUUUUAUUUUGUUUUGACAGAGGCUUACAGGGAUUUCGUGCCGGGGACUGGCAGGAUGUUGCUGACCGUGAGCCAGGGGAAGAGGGACUGCUGCCUAACUCAGGAGAAGGGGAGGGGGUCAGUGAUUUGGUAGGAACUGUUCCCACCAGGAGGCAAGAGUCGGAGGCAGUUGCUGUUGCUUAAAUCGCUCCCUGAAGUGCGGACCUGGAAAUCCCUACUAAGAUGCUCAACUGGCACGCCUAGGUCUCCAGAGCUGCAGCAGCAACCGUGUUCUCUUUGAUAAUAAAGAGUUAACCAUCUGUCAUGUGCAUUCCUUUGGUUGGGAAGGGCCCCAUCCAGCAGAUUCCUCCCUUUAUGUGUUCAGACUGAGGCUCUUCCAUCCCCAGGCAGAGGAGUGGAUGAAGCACUGAGGUGGCUGCUGUUUCCAAGAGACACCCUGAUGGUGCUGUCUCCAGCUCUCAGAACCACCAACCCAUUGCACAACUGGGCACCCUCAAAAAUGUGUCUGGGGAGAGGGAAGGCCAUGACUAUUGCCAUCCUUUGACAUCAAUGCCAAGGUUGGAGAGGACCAGUCUCUGAGUAUGUUCAGUGUGCUUUCAUACUCAGUACCAAGAUGGUCCUCGUAGGACUAUAUUCUGCAUCAUUCUUCAAGACUGCUUGGGGCGAAGGAGGAGGAACUGGUGCACUUUUACAUUUCCGAUUUGCCCAAUGCGACCUCUAUCUUGGUAGAGGUGAAGUGAGGGGGAAGGUGCUAGGAGAUACUCAAGGAUGGCAGAAGAUCAACACACUCUUGAAAUCUCCAACAACACGUUCAGAUGUAAUUUUCACUGGGAGUAAAUGAGCGCAACCUCUUUGUUGUCACUGCGAUUUUGUCCUGCCCUUACACUGCACAAUGACAACCCCCGUUUUAUCCUCACAAGAGCCCUGCGAGGUGUCAGGCUGAAGGAGAAAGGACCAAACUCAGCCUCUGGCUCUCAGCACCACCAGCUUAUUGCAGGACUGGGCUUCCCCCAAAAUGCAGGGAGGUGGGAAGAGGGCAUGAACAUUGGCCUCCUUUGAUAGCCAUUCCAAGGUUGCAGAAGGCCCGUCUCUGAGCUUGUUCAGCUUACUUUUCUACCAAGGUAGUUUAAAAGCCUUUAAACACCGCAGAGCCUCACCUCUUGGUUGGAGGGCCAUGAAAAAUCGAAAUCUGGAAAUGCAACUAUUUUAAUAUCAGUGUGGCGAUAUUCCUCCCUCUUCUGUUGCAGCUUCUUUGAACACUGAAAGUGGGUCUCCUGAAGGACUUUGCAAAGCUUCCCCCGGUCUCUGUGCUCCCUGUUCUUGUCCAGAGAGAAGCUUCCAUGGAGGCUGUAUAACUCUCUAACCAUUUAUUCUCCCUCCAUCUCCUUCCCAUCCUGCUCCAGCUCACAACUUGGCCAAAGGCCGCCCAGCCUUCCAGUCCUCCAUCUACCGACAUGAGAUUUUUACAGGAGGAAUCAAAGCUGUGGACGGGAAUUGUGACGGGCUCUUCAGCUCGGGCUCCUGCACCCACACGCAGAAGGAAAGGGACCCCUGGUGGUACGUGGACCUGGGCGAUGAGUAUGCCAUCUCGGCCGUGGUGGUGAAAAACCGCCAGGACUGCUGCGGCGACAGACUCCGGGGAGCUGAGAUCCGUGUGGGCAACAAUAUGGCUCACCGUAGCAAGUCCAACGCCCUGUAAGUUCCAUUUCCCACACCCUCAAUCCCUGUAACAAAUGUUAGGUUUCUGUUACGCCACUGUGCAGUGUUUGGAGUCACAAGACUCUGUUUACAUUCCAGACUCUUGGAAGUCUCACGGGAGACGGAUGUUGAUGUUACUGGUUUCCUGUUUCUUUGUUUCAGUUGGUUCUCUGCCUUUCACAGAGAGCAGAUGCAUAUUCUUUUCUGUCCUGCGUAGUUAGAAAUAAAACGUAGCGUCGUAGCACAUAUUUCGACUCCUUCUGCUGUCCGGGUACUCUGCAGAAUGGGGGAACGUGCCUGAAGCCUCAUCAAAGGCUUCGGUCGUUAAUCACCGUCAGAGGAGAUUCCAAAGACACUACCGGAGGAGUAGCUCAGUCGUACGGAGAUUCCGACAACAAAGACACCCCAGAAUACAUUCUAUAUAAUUUGAUGUAUGUCAGGAACUGGUGUCAGGAGUAGGUCAGCAAUUUUGUAAAAAAAACCACCAUGGUCAUUGAAGUUAACCCUCUCUCUCUCAUAUUUAUUUGAUUUUACAAAUAUAAUUUUACAGCAAAAUCAUUUACAAAUCCAUAUAAAGAGAUUUAUCUGAAUCUCAUGACAUCCCCUGCCCCCUCCAUGGGUCUAAUGCCUACACUUGCAACUGCACAUCAAUCCAUUAUCCACAUUUUGUGUGGAUUUAUCCAUAAUCUUUGUUACCUUACAAGUAAGAUUAAAAUCCUGCUAAUGUUCCCGUUUGCUUACAAUGCUCUCUUCAAUAAAUUAUAAAUUUCCCCCAAUUUUUUAAAAAAAGUUCUUGUCCUCUUGGUUCCUGAGCGUUCCACUUUUAUUCAAAGAACCAAGAAAGCGCAGGCCUGGUGAUCUCAGGAACACUGCCCAGUAGGUCUUGCCCUAAGGAGGCAAUUGCGAGGACUGAAGGUCCCUGACUUCCCACAGUCCCCUCCACUCCAGGGUUUUCCCCAAGCAAUUGGAGACUGCAUCUGUGCACAACCAAUCUCUCCUCUGCUCUUUUCAUUUCUCUGUGUGUUCUAGGAGACCAAGGGGGUGGGGAGCUGGUUGCAGGAGGAGGGGGAGACACCUGGAUUCUCCCACAGCCGGCUUCAUCUCUGUCUCCUAGGACCUUCCUCUCCUGCCUCUGAGUCUGGACUUCUCUCUGCCACAGCCUCUUCCUGCUCACAAAAUCCUGUUGCCUCUUCAGUUUCCAGGACCUCCUCCUCCUGCUCCCAGUCUGCUCCCUCUUCUCUCUGUCCCCAUGUAUCAUUGUCCCACCACCAGUCCCCUGACCCGGAGCCUUCUUCCCCUGGGGGUUCCCUUGGGGGUUCUCCAGCUGAUAUCUCCCACCGCUUCUCUGCAUCCAGCCAGUCCAUGGCAGAUAUGUGGACUGAUGACGUCUUAAGAGUUCCAAUUUGUAGUCAAAAUUAGGGAGUAGGAGAAAUCGAGGGUUCUGCCUCCUUUUUAAACCAUGCUCUUCUGGGCAGAACAGUGACUCUGGUCCCCGUUGGGGCUGGGAACAGAGACGGAACAAGCAGGUGGUAGUUAUUUUGGAAUAUUUAGUCUAGACUACAAUGGCAGGUAGCAGCAACAUUCGCGAAUGAUAUGAGAUCCACCCAGGAGGCCAGCGUUAGAGGGAGAGCGCAUUGUUGUGGUAUCAUUAGAAACACUGUAAGUUUAGGAGCGCAUUUCUCCACAGCCUAGGAUGGAGAUUCCACAUGGAUCCCACCCUACAGAUGACUUUCUUUCUCUCCCUGCAGCUGUGGGACCAUCACAGACACCACUAGAUCCAUCAGUGUCUUCAACUGUGAUUGGCUCAAGGGCCGCUACGUGAGUGUCCAGAUCCCUGACCUUGAAGAGUACUUGACCUUGUGUGAGGUGGAGGUCUAUGGCACCAAGGCAGAAGACCAAUGCUAG